UUUCAUGAAAUUGACAUUUUCUGGAUUGUUGGACACGUUUAAAAAUCCCAAUCCAAUCGUUAAUUGAUUUAACAUAUAAUCAUCCGACUUUCCAGUUUACACAAACUCUCAUUUGGUUCCCUUUUGCUUGGUCCUAUAAAUUUUUUUUAUCGUAAUGUUUUUGAUCUGAACUCCAAAAUGAUUUACUAGAAUCAAUCCAUACGUUUUGAUCAGUAUUUUCUAAACUAUUGUUCUUCUGAUAGAAUUUAAAUUAAAACAUGGCAAGUCCUAGAACUCGUCGUCUUCUACAAGAGCUAAAGCCUCACAAUGAAAAUGAUAAAUGCUUCGAGUGUGGACUCCAUAACCCUCAGUGGGUUUCGGUAACAUAUGGCAUAUGGAUUUGCCUUGAGUGUUCUGGCAAGCAUCGUGGCUUAGGAGUGCAUUUAUCUUUUGUGCGCUCCAUAACUAUGGAUAAAUGGAAAGACAUAGAGUUGGAGAAAAUGAAAGUUGGUGGUAACAGAAACGCAAGAGUAUUCUUCGAGGCGCAGCCAGAUUGGGAAGAUACCAUGUCCAUUCAACAAAAAUACAACAGUAAAGCAGCUGCAUUGUACAGAGAUAAGAUAUCUGCGCUAGCUCAAGGAAAGUCAUGGGACGAACAGAAGUCUCCUGCUCAAAAUUACAAUAGUAGCUUUGUAGGACCUUCCUCUCAAAAAAACAGCUCAAGAGAAACUCAUUCCACGUCAAAUUUCACUAGAUCUUAUUCCAACAGUACCGAAAGUUACCAAGGUGCCUACCAAAAUUUAAAUUCACCAGAGUUUCGGAGUCAGACUGAAACUUUCUUUGAGAGAAAACAGUCCGAAAAUGCUAAUCGGAGAAGUGAUCUCCCACCAAGUCAAGGCGGUAAGUACAGCGGUUUCGGAUAUACCAAAGAACAACCUCCAAGAAGUCAGUCCCAAGAGUUUGUUGACACUGCCAUGUCAUCUUUAGCAAAUGGUUGGUCUUUCCUUUCAUCGUCAGCCACCAAAAUAGCAAGUAAAGCAACUGAAAAUGCAGUGAAGUAUGGUGGAUUCGCCAGCCAAAAGGUUGUUGAAAUUGGAUCUCAAGUAGGAGAAAAGGUAGGUGAGUUGAGCAAGAAAGGUUGGCGAGAAGUCAGCUCGCUCAGUAGCGACAACCCAGGCGCAUAUUCUCAAGUGGGGGGAGACAACUAUUCUCCUGGUGAGAAGUCUUCCUUAUACAGUGGAGGAAACAGCUAUGUUCGAGACGACUGGAGUUGUAGCAGCCAACAAGGUUCAAAGGCCUCAAGUCCUAAAAGCGCAAGUCAGAACUGGAAUGGAACAGGAGAAUCGUCGUAUAACAGUCCUGUUAUGUCGCCAGUUGAAGAGUUCUCGAAGAAAUCAGAGGCAAAAAGUAAGGAGGCACAAAAUCAAAAGAAAUGGAGCGCCGGCUGGGAAGAGGAUGCAAUGUGGGAAAGUUUGAAGUAAUUUAUUUUCAAGUACUUAGAAUAAAUAAUUCGUAUUGAGAGGGCUCGGUAAUAGUAUGCGAAGCCUGUUCAGUGUAUUGAAUUUCUCCAAAUAUUCAGAACAAAUACUUUUUUAUUUAGGCAUAUUUUAAUCAAUGUGAAACUGUUGCUUUGGAGAAUCUGAAUGUAUUUAAAUAUUAUACCGUGUGUCCAUGAAAUAAGGCAAUUCAUUGUUAGCUAAAUGAACAAUAUUCUUGUUUUUUAAUAAUAUGAUUUAUUCGGCUUAUAAUGAAUUUAGGGACACACUGUAUAUAAUUUUGGUUUCGCUAUGGUAGCUGUCUGAAAUAUAUAAAAAUUACCAUGAUGAAAUUAUCUUUAUUGAACUUGUUCUGUGUUCGGAAAUAAUCUCAUGUAUGAUGUUGAUGUCAGUUGUGCUGAAGUAAAGUCAGUCAUCCUGAAUGUAUAUUGCUUUAGCUGAAUUUUACUGCUUGACAAAUUCACUGUAAAUACUUCUGGUGCAAACAAGUUUAAAUUAACAGGAACAUUAUUAGUCCCAAUUGUAUAUUGAAAUUAUUUUUAAUUUCAUGUCAUGCAAAAAUAAAAAUUUUAUUUGUG